AUGGUUGUGGGGCUGGAGGACGUGACUGCCCUCCCGGUUGUCCUGGCCGUCUGUCCACCAGCCGACAUCAGCCACUUGGAUGGGUUUGUGGUGCAGGAGGAAUCGGACUCGCCAGCUCCUACCCCGCAGCCAGUGCACGGCCACAGCGGCCAACUGGAUCGCACUCACCUGGGCGCCGAGAGCCGGGCGGGCACGGCCCCGGAGCGGCUGGGGAGCGCCGAGCCGGGCCCCGUGGACAGCACGGAGAUGAAGAUGAGAGUGGACUUCUUCCGCAAGCUGGGCUACACCUCGGAGGAGAUCCGCGCCGUCCUCCAGAAGCUGGGCCUCGACGCGGACACCAACGCCGUCCUCGGGGAGCUGGUGAAGCACGGGGCGGCCGCGGCCGAGCGGGAGGCGAGCGAUGCCCCGCAGGAGGGCAGGGAAGCCCCGCUGGUCCCUCGGGGGGGCCUUGCCAACAAGACCCCGCAGCUCGUGCCCGUGCUGGAGGAGAAGGAGAGCAGUAACCUGAGGCCUGUGGUCAUUGACGGGAGCAACGUGGCCAUGAGCCAUGGAAACAAAGAGGCGUUCUCCUGCCGGGGCAUCCUGCUGGCCGUCCAGUGGUUUUGGGACAGAGGACACAAGGAUAUCACGGUCUUUGUGCCAUCCUGGAGGAAGGAACAGCCACGGCCAGACAUGCUUAUUACAGAUCAGCACAUCCUCCGUGACCUGGAGAAGAAGAAAAUCCUGGUCUUCACCCCUUCCCGGCGGGUGGGCGGCAAGCGCGUGGUCUGCUACGAUGACCGCUUCAUCGUGAAGCUGGCUUUCGAGUCGGACGGCAUCGUGGUGUCCAACGACACCUACCGGGACCUGCAGAACGAGCGCCCCGAGUGGAAGAAGUUCAUCGAGGAGCGUCUGCUGAUGUACUCGUUCGUCAACGACAAGUUUAUGCCCCCAGACGACCCUCUGGGGCGGCACGGCCCCAGCCUGGAUAACUUCCUGAGGAAGAAGCCUGUGGUCCCAGAGCACAAGAAGCAGCAGUGCCCUUAUGGGAAGAAAUGCACCUACGGCAUCAAGUGCAAGUUCUACCACCCCGAGAGGAUCAACCAGCCCCAGCGCUCGCUUGCGGACGAGCUUCGGGCCAACGCCAAGCUGUCCCCCACCCGAAGUGCCUCCAGCACCACCAGCCCUGCCAAGGAGGAGAAGAAGGGCAAGAGAGCUGGGCAGGCAGAGCUGCUGUGUCCUGCCUCCACAGACAUGGACCCCAGCUGCAUGCAGAGAGCCUCGGCCGAGAGGAAAGGAGCAGCCCAGAAGGCCAAGCCAGGUGACGAUCCGCUCCCGGGGAAGGGCUGUGCCCCAGGGCUCGCCCCGCCUCACAGCAGUGGCCAUAGAUCUGCCGAAUGGCCCCAGCACCCUGCCUCCUCUCCCCACAUGGACUCUCUCUCCUGCAUGUCUCAGGAGCCCCUCGACUCGGGCUUCUGCUCCCUGGAGAACCAGUUGUCCGGGAUGUGGCCUUGCCGAUCCGCCAGCCACUGCGAGCAUUGCCCCCCCGACCAGGUGGCCGUCUGCAGCUGCAGCUGCGGGCAGCCGAGAUCCCUGUACCAGCCCUCGCCCGGCCUGGAGCCCGACAGCCUCUACAAGCCUGGCUCUCACAAAGCCGUCUCCUCGGCUUGCUCUGGGGCCAGCUACAUGCCGUACAGCGCGGAGAUGUCCCACGCCAGGCCCUCCCGUGCCUUCUCGGGCUACGGCAUGCCUGUGCACCCCGCCAGCGCCGGGCAGUAUAGCCUCCCGAGCGAGUACAACGGCCCGCCAGCACCUCUCCACCCCCGUGAGUACUGGUCUGAGCCGUACCCGCUGCCCCCUCCUUCUGCACGCGCCAGCAGCACGCAAGACCCCCGCCCCUUGCAAAGAGCCCCGGGCCCGACCUACAGCGACCCCUGCCCGUGGGCUUUGUCGGAGCAGUUCGCCAAGGAGCGGGCCAACGUGCACGUGAAACUCUGCGGCAUCUUCCACCCCCACCUCGUGGACGCGGUCAUGAACCGGUUCCCGCAGCUGCUGGAUCCCCAGAGACUGGCGGCCGAGAUCAUAACCUACAAGUCCCAGAACCCAGGCCUGUGAGGGGCUCCCGGCAUCCUGCAGGGCCGUCGGGGAGCCGGGAGGGUGCGAGCCGCUGGUUUAAACUCGAGCGAGUGGGGCGGCUGCCUCUGGCAGCGCGCGUCCCCGUCGCUGGCAUCUCUUGGGGAAAGGCGGCACGAGGGUCACCUGCUUUCUGACCAAGCCUGGGGCUUGGCACCACCGCUCAGCUCGACUUUGAACGCGUGGGGAACGCUAGCCCCCUGGUCCGUAACUUCAGCUCCCUUUAGUCACGCCAACUUGCUCAUAAGACGCUGCCUUCCCGUAGCUGGCUCUGCCCCCGUUUGGUUUCACAAGCUUGUUUUGCCAGCUCCCCCACCUGUGCCCUACCCACGCCAGGCGCCUGCCCGGCGGGGUCGCUUUCCAGAGCGUAGCAGCAAUGCUCGCCCGGUUGCAGGACCUAAUCGUCCCGCUGCCAGGAUACGCACUUGCCUCGAGUCCCGGCACCGCACCAGAGCUCCCGGGGACCCUGGGCUUGGAGUCGCCUGGCCGACCUCUUGCCUCCCCGCACCAAAAACCCACGUGCUCCACACACAAACUCGCGGAAGGGCAGGCCGUGGCAGCUCUUCCAGCCUGGCCGCGUGGCAGAGCAGAGGGCCGGGACGUGGGUCCCUUCCCUUCCCUCGUGCGAGCGCCUGGUAGAAAGGAAGGCGUGUGGUCACGAGUCCCGCAUGUGCCGCUCCGUGACUCCCCCGGCCUCUUGGCAGUGUUCAAGGCUUGUCUCCACGUUUCUCUCUUCUCCUUUCCUCCACAUCUUUCCCCUGCCCCGCCAGAGCCCUCUGGUUCCCCGCGGCCCCCUGCAAGCCGCGGUUUAGCCCUUGUGGGCAGUGAAUGACCCCCCCGGCCUGUUUGUGGGGGAUUUUCUAUCUUUAUUUUGACUUGUGCAUACUGUAUCUAAACCGUUUAAGGAUAUUCAAGAACACAUACUGUAGCAAUUGUUUCUGGUCCCAGCGUUGGGCUGUUCUGGGGCGCGAAGGGAAGUUUUCCCUCGCACCCAGGCCAGAGGCAGUUGAUUUGUUGAUACACAUUGUAUCUGUGCGUUGGAUUUUUUAAUUACGUCCGUCUUGUGGCUUAAAUGAAGGCCGUUCCUAGCCGCCAGCCCGUGGGAGAGCAGAGCCGCGGGGCCUGUCGUGUCUCCUGGCUCUUCCCUCUCGGGUUUGGCAAGGGCUGGGCUAGUCCGCUCGGCACCGUGUGCUGGGGCAGCCGCAAGGACACAAACCCUGUACGCCUGGUUGAUGAUGAUGCAUUACAGCAGCUGUAAUGUUUCAUGUUAGUAAGCAAAAUGCUUCUUAAUUGUAUGUAAUCUGAAACUUUGCCUAUUUGUAAAUGACGGGAAAAAAUGUUGCGUUUUUAAUGAUCCAUUGUCUACAAACUCGCGGGAUGGUCUCUCACCGAAUCCUCGGCUGUCGCGCUCCUGGAAGGCUCUGGGGCAGGGAGCCAGCAUGUACUCAUCCUGUUGUAAUCAGGACUAACUCCUCCUUUUUUUGUAGGGACAGGUUUGUAUUUUACUAAAACUUGCUGUAUCGCGUGUCUCUGCAGCCUGUACGUAGAGCGAGGCGGCAGCCCUGUGUAAGAGCUGCCGCUGCAUCAAUAAAGAUCCCUGGUUUGAA